GGGGGUGGGGUGGGACCGUCCCCGCCCUCCGGAGCCUCUCGGCCCCGUUCCCCGCCGGUGCCGGGGGAUGCCCGGCCGGGAGCAGCGCCCGGCUCGGCCAGGAUGAAGAAGCACCACCCGCACUCGGUGCAGGGCACCUUCAGCCGCCUCUUCGGCAAGCGCCACUCCAGCCCCACCGCCACGUCCCUGUUCGCCACCAACCCGCCCUGGAUCUUCACGCAGGAGGUGACCUCGGACAGCGCGGGUGGCACCGGUGACGUGAUUGAGGUGUACUACGGGGACAAUCGCUUCGGGACCGUGACAGACUCGGGCACUGCCACCCUCAAGCCCCGUCCGAGGGUCCGGCCGCUGCUGACGUUCCUGCCCCUGAACGCCCAAGAAUCCCACGGGGUGGCUGUGCCAACGCCGUCGGUGCCAAAAGACUUUGAGGAAAAGGCAGCUCUUGGCUCUGGCUCCCAGCUCAAUGGCAAUUACCGGAUGUACAGCUCGGUGGGGGACCUGCGCCCGCAGGCCCUCCAUGGGGAUGACCUGGAUGAAGACAUCCCCCCACCGCCAUCGGUGCCCCCGCCGCCCCCUCCAGCAGCGCCUGCGCCACCCCCUCUGGUCUCGCCAGUCCCACCACCCCCCGAAAUGCUGCCACCGCCGCCACCACCGCCAUCAGAGACGGUGCCACCUCCACCCGAGAUAGUGCCACCUCCACCCGAGAUAGUGCCACCGCCACCUGAGAUAGUGCCACCACCCCCUGCUGUGGCAGCCCCGCCGCCUCCCGCCUCGGCCCUGUCCUCCCCCAGCACUCCGGCUCCUCCAGACUUCAUCCCACCAGCCCCGCCAGGUGCCCGGGACCCCGCGCCCUUCGCCCCCAGCAUCUCCAAGUGGAAAUCGGAGACAGUGCUGAACACAAGGCAGGCGGAUGCCGAGGGGCCGCUCUGCCCCGCUGAGGCCGGGGUGCCCGCAGCCCCCAGCCCCAAGGAGAGCCUGCAGCCCAAGCCCGAGCCCCACCUCACCUUCCCCAGGUCGUUCAAGGUGCCGCCGCCGGCCCCGGCGCGCUCCUCGUCCAUCCCGGUGCAGGAGGGCCAGCCCGGGCGGCAGGAGCCCGUCCCCCGGCAGCCCCACGCCCGGCCACCCCUCCCACCCUGCUUCACCAUCAGACCCGCGGCCAAGGCGCGGCUGGGAGAAGCCGAGCAGAGAAAUUCCGGGCUCAGACAGGGCCUUGGGAAGCCGGCUGCACCCCCUGCACUGAGCCCCAAGCCAGGCCCAGGGCUCAGCCAAGGGGCAAAUCCCGCUGGCCGCCGGUCCCCACUGCCGGGCUCCGAGGGGGAGAAGAUUCCCCAGCUGAAAACAGCCGGGAGAGACUCCCCUCCAAAAUCCAAACCUCUCACCGCAAACGACCUGGAUCUCCCUCCUCCGGACUACCCGACCUGCGAGGAUGACUGGAAGGACGCCAACAACCUGAACAAGCUGCGGGACGAGCUGUCGGCCCUGCUGCGCUCCCCGCGCCGGGACGAGCGGCCGCUGGAGAGGCCGGGUGCUCCCCAGCCCCUGGACAGUGCUCCCAGCUGUGCUGGCAGCCAUGAGCCAGGGCUCAGCGAGCCCCAACCCGCCAGGAAGGACACGGGGUUAUCCAAAGGAGGGGAGAGUGAGAAGAAGGAGGUGCCCAGCAGCCCCCCCAGCACCAGUGGGGGCUCUCCCAGCACUGCAGGCACCGCCCCGGAGAGCGGCCCGGACACGCAGCCCCGCAGCGUGAUGACCAUCAGGAAUGAGCUGGAGGCUGUGCUGUCCCUGAAGAAGGAGGGGAAACCUGCCCCGGGGCUCAGCAGCCAGAAGCAGGGUGUGGAGAAUGGCAUCAGCACCCCACAGGCGAGGAAGAGCCCCCCUGACACGAGUGACUCAGUGGUGCCAAAACCAGUCCCCAGCCCGCUCCCAGCCCCAGUGGCGGCCGUGGAGAAGGAUGAGACAGAUGCCGAGGACCACCCUGCUGCUGGCAAGGUGACAGAGGAUGUGAGCCCUGCUCCUGGGUCCCUCAAGAGCAGCGUGAGUCCCCCAGACCCACCUCAGGGACCGGCAGAGGAGCCCCCUGCUCCCACCCCCUCCUCGCCCGCUGUGUCCCCUGCACAGAGCCCGGCAGCACCGCCCAGCCCGGCCGUCUUCCAGUACAAAGUGCACCGGGCUGGGGCCAGCUCGGCCGAGCCGCCCCAUGCCCCGGGCUCGGCGGAACCCCCCAGCCCCAGGAGCUCUGCCAGCAGCCCCCCGGACAGCUCGGGCGCGGGGCAGGAGGAGGUGCUGAUCCACCCGGUGACGGGGGAGCGCGUGGAGCGCGGCUCGCCCAUGGCGCUGCUGCUGGCAGCCCGGCAGCGCGCCCAGCGCGGCCGCCCGGGGGGGGACGGGGCAGCCACGCCGAGGGCGAAGCCACCCCUGAGGCUCAGCAGCGCCUCGUCGGACACCACCUCCACCAGCUUCUUCCGCCACGAGUCCAAGCCCGGCUCCUUCACCGUGGUGCCUCGGCCGUCUGCGGCCAGUCCGGAGGGGCCCGGCUGGAGCAAAGCCCCCUCCUUCUCCAGCUCAUCGGAGCAGGGCCGGGCCGUGCGGGCGGCGGGCGAGGCGCAGCCCCCCGGGCCCCGCCGAGCCGCCGCCUCCAGCCUGCUCCGGGGCCUGCUGGACUCGGGGCAGCCGGGCCAGCCCGGCCCAGCCUGGCACACGGCGCCCAGGGAGGAGGAGAACGGGGACAUGGCACUGGACUUUGGAAUCAUCCCCCCACCCCCCGAAUUCAGCAACGAGGGGGACGAGGGUCCCCUCCCAAGCCGGGAGCAGAACCGCAAGUGCCCCAGCGUCCCUGACAGCAGCCGGGGCUCGGGCGAGCCGCGCUAUUUCAGGUGGGCUGGCUACAGCCGCAGCUACGGGGGCAACCAGGAGCCAGCAGCUCCGCUGCCCUCCGAGAAGAGCUGGAGGAACGGCGACUUCACACCGCAGUACCCGGACCACAGCAGCUCCACGAGUUUCCCCAGCCACGGCCCCAACCCGCGCCCGCUGAUCAAGAAGCGCCUGUACAUGUCCGAGCCCGACAGCUCCUACCCCCGGUCAGCUGCAGCCCCCCGGGCCUCGGGCACCCUCUCCUCCUACGGCGCCGGGGGGUUCAGCUCCGCGGCCGGGGAGGGCUCUCGCCGCCUGGGCUCUGCCCACAGGAGCGGCCCCUCGGGCGCCCAGGGCCGGCGGGCGUCCACGGACGCUGCAGGGAAGCCCACAGCCUACGGCGGCACCGCGGCCGACGCCAAGUACAAGGGGCAGAACGGGGACUUCCAGCCCAGCAGCGCUCUGACAGCCAGCAGGCCUGCCCACGGCACCUCGCACUACGGGGGACCCUCCAACACCUUCACGGUGCGGCCCGGGAGCCGCCAGCCCAUCUCCUACGGCUACCAGGGCCACCGGUAGGCCGGGCCUCGGGGCCGCCGCGCCGGCGUCGCCUGUGGAGGGACAGGAAGGUGCCAGCUCGGUCCCUCCCUUCUCUACGGGCACCAGGGACGGUCCCAGCCCAGCCUGAAAAUGCACUUGCUUGAAACUGCUGAUGGAGAAGGUGGGGAAUGAGCCCAAGACUUGGACUUUCCUCAAAAGACUCAUGGAGAGUAGUUACUGCGGAGGGCAGGCCACUGCCUUGUUACGUGAGCAAACGUGGUUUCCCUUUUCCCACUUUCCCUCCUGGAUUAUUUUCAGAAUAUAAAUAUUCCUGAUAGGCCGUCUAGGAAAGCCAAAGAGCAUCCUCAGCUCUCUUUAAAGGGCAUCACCACUGGAAAGAUUGAUUUCAGUUGUUUUUUUAAUUGGUUUAACUCCGGCAUGUUUGGCAGCAGGGGGAAACCAACUGAGAGAUGUGCACAAUGGAAGCAAAGCAGUGUAUAGCUAAAUGUCAGAGAUUUAAAUCAGAGUGUGAGGCCAGUGGGAUAGGAGGAGAGUUUAGGAUGCCUAGAUCCUGACCCUUUCUGUCCUUCAAGAGUUUGGAGUAAAUCAGUUGUGCCUUAAACCCAUCAGUGCCUGUCCUGCCAAGCCGGGCUCUGACCCCUUCUCCAGGAGCAGCUUUGGGAGCAGGGGCCUUGCUUUGCUGUGCCUUUGGUCACUGUAAAUGUUUCUGUUGGUAAUUAUUCCUCUGGAAGGAGGCUGUGAGGCCUGGCUGGAUGGCUGUAAAGCACUUUGGAGACCUAGGACACGGAGCAAUCCUUUUCCUUGGGCCGGUGGGUGCCAGCGACUCGCCCAGGUGCUGUUCUGCUGCUGCUGCUGUCCCCGAGGGGUCUCUGCCACUUCACGCCUGUGUAACCCUCAAAGUGUCCUUGUGACCUGCUCUGCUGAGCCUUGGCUUCCCUGUGUGUGACCCAGGGACCGAGCAGCUGAAUGUCAGUGUGUAUUUGUGCUGUGUGACCCGGGGACCGAGCAGCUGAAUUUCAGUGUGUGUUUGUGCUGGUGGGGUGUGGGGUGUCUGCAGGGACACCCCGAAGGGAGCUGGCUCCCCUCGGUGCCUCUCCGGGUGCUGCCUGUGCAGGGCUGGGAGCCGGGAGAGCUUCAAGAGGUUUCAGCUUCCAGAGAGAGCAGCGGGGCCUCACGAGAGCUGACCUGAGUUGUGAAUAGCCAACCUCCUGAAACAGAAACAGAAUCUUCCUCCUAGGUAAACCUGCUGAAAAUCACUGUAAGAUAACUGUAAAAACGUGUAGAGAAUAUUUUCUAACCACUGACAAACUAAAAGCACUUUGAGACAUGAGUCUGUUUUUAUGGAAAGCACUUUCUAUUUUCAAUGCUAUAAAUGCCACUGUUCCACUGCAGCUUACCCUGCCUGGCACACACCUGGAUGUGGCCUGCAAGCAGAUCUUGCUCUACAAUUCAGCUCAAAAUCAGGGAUAAAUUUUCCUUCACAGUGGAAUUCUCAAUAGUUAUCUUGAUAUUGGAGUCAUGUCAUUGACAUUCUAUGUUUUGUGUUAUUUCCAGCUUUACCUAAUAAUUUAACAGCCCUUUCAGAUAUUGCAGCAGCUUUAAAGUCUUCUUAACUUGACUUUGCUGUGAAUAAAAUGAAAAUGCAAAUACAGUAAUCAGUCUAAUAGCUAAUUCAAAGGGCAUUUUUAUACCAGUAAGUCACAGUGACUUGGAAGAUUUCCAUUGCUCACCCCAGCUAAUAUUGAAAUAAUAGGCUUUAAAUAUCUGGGUGUUGGUCUUUUAAAAAAUAUGGAGAAAAGUGACUAUGGACUAACUAUAAGGACAUUUAAGUGUGCCAAGUGUCAUGUGGAAUACCAGCUGCCCCAAAACAUGGAAUUUUCUCCAUGCAAGGAGCACCCUGAGCAUUCUCAACCAUCUGUAGAAGUAAAUCUGUGAUCCCCCUUGAGGGGCUCCAGGUCAUGUUUGGGUAUUGGAUGAAGUUUCACCAGUUUAACUUGAAAGCAAACAAAGAAGUCUCUUUGAUAAGGCUGCAGCUUAAUGUUUUUUUCUUCCUGAUACUGUUUUGGGUUUGUUUUGUUGUGGUUUUUAUUCAAAAUAAUAAGCUAUAAUUGCAAAUGAGCUCUCAAAAACAAUUUUAAGGCUGGGUGGGCAAUUUCAGCUUUUGAUGCUGACUUUGCCCAGAACUGGGGAGGGCAGAGGGUAUGUGUGCAAUCCUCCACCUCAAGAAUUCUUCCAAAUUGGCAUCUCCCCAACACAAGUGGUUUUUUUUCUUUCAUUUUAGAGAAAAAUGUGACACUCCAAUGUUGGCACCUGCUUUAAAUGUCACAUUUACUACUUCUCCCAGACUCACAAUUCAUGUGUAGUUGAAAUAUGGUCUCAGUCACCACGGAGUGUCUCAUUUCUACCAGACAUAGUUGUUUUAAUGUAGUAUUAGAAGUGUGAUACUGUAAGUCAGCUUUAUGAAAUUGCCAUUCUUCAUUCAGGAACACCAUGCUGGGACUGCACACGGGACUGAGCUGUCACUAAAUCAGGUUGGACUCUGCUCCCAGUCGUAGGACUGGUUAGCAUGCAGGUUUUCAGCAGUGGAAACACUUCUAUUCUUCAAACACUUUGGACUAUCCCUGCUUGUUUUGAAUGCAUUCAGCAAAUUCUGGUAUUUCAGUAACAGCUCACCAUUGAUUCUGGGGCCAUGGUGACAAAGGAAGCACUGUCAGAGGUGUUGGCAGCCCGAGCACUCGGGACAGAGUUGGAUCUCUCAGGAGACUGCAGGGAUGGGGGAGAGCCCCUCUUCCUGGGCAGGUAACUCUGCCAGGUCCGCGCAUAAACUGUCCUCGCAUUCCUGGCCCUGCUCCUCCCAGCUCCUUCACUAUAGAAACUUAGCAAGAGUAAGAAACAAAACGAAGGGGUAUUGAUGGAGCUGAGCACCCUGCCUCAGCCCCGUGCUGAGAGCAAUCCUGAAGCCUGAGUCUGGAGUUAUUCUCACUUCACCCUCUCUGAUGCAGGGUGGUAAUUCAAGUUGUGAUACAACUUCAAUUAUCCCCUGCAGCUGCCUCUUCCUCACAAGUUCCUGCUAGGGGAGUGUAACAGAGCUUUAGCUGUAAAGUAUUGAACAAAGUCUCUUAUUUAUGAGUGCCAUUGAACACCAACCUUCUCGCAUUAAACAUUUCUGGAUGUUU